GAGCGAGUUAAUCGACGAGGGAUGAGGUGUUCCUCCUGACACCUCCAGUCCUGGCAUCUUAUUUAAAGAUGAUUUACACUUGAGUUUGGUGCUUUUCCUUUGCAGGGGGUCAUAUACACAACACCUCAAACAAGGAUUCAGAAGCACCAUGUCCUCCCGAUCUAUAACUGUAGUGACCUCUGGAAGGAGCACGGGGCUCGUCUACAAUGAGAUGAGAGUGCACGGCACUCAGUUCUCCGCACAGCCCAAACCCUCUCUGGAGGAGGACAGGGAAUCUGGCAUCGGAUCCACCCCUGACCUCAGCAGCAGUUUUCAGGGCCACAACGUACAUACCAAUCACCACUCAAACACACCUUCACGCGGGGAGGCUGACAGACUCCCCUUAGAGAAAGAUAAAUAUCUCGAGACCACGACAGUGUCUCCGAACAGGAUCGGACAGCUCCUCAUACAUCUGUCCAAGGUCCCUCUCCUCUUCGUCCUCCUCUUUCUCUUUGUUUGCUCCUUGGACACUCUGAGCUCUGCCUUCCAGUUAGCAGGGGGUAAAGUGGCAGGGGACAUUUUCCAGGACAAUGCGGCGCUGUCUAACCCCGUGGCAGGGCUGGUGGUGGGGAUCUUGGUUACUGUGCUGGUUCAGAGCUCAUCAACCUCCACUUCUAUUGUCGUCAGCCUGGUGGCCUCUGGAUUGUUAGAAGUGAGGUCGGCGGUUCCAAUCAUAAUGGGGUCCAACAUUGGGACUUCAGUCACAAACACCAUCGUGGCCAUGAUGCAAGCAGCAGAGAGAACCGAGUUUCAACGUGCCUUCGCUGGUGCAACAAUCCACGACUGCUUCAACUGGCUGUCGGUGCUGGUCCUGCUGCCGCUGGAGGUGGUGAGCGGGCUCAUGACCCGGCUGUCCCUCCUGAUGGUCACCAGCCUCCGCCUGCGGCCGGGGGAGGACGCACCUGAGAUGCUCAAAGUCAUCACCGAUCCAAUCACCAGGCUUGUCAUACAGCUGGACAAGUGUGUGAUCACGGGGAUUGCCAUGGGAUAUGAGGACAUGAGGAACAGGAGCCUGGUGAAAGAAUGGUGCCAGACUGACCUUGUUAUGUCCACCAACAAUGAGAGCACUGAAAACUGUGGUCGCGGCAGUCAUGACUUGUCACAGCCGUUAGUGAAGUGUAGGCAUUUGUUUGUCUCCACCUCGCUGUCAGACCUCACCGUGGGGCUGAUUCUCCUCGCGGCCUCCCUGGCUGUCCUCUGCACAUGUUUGCUGCUUCUGGUCAAACUGCUCAACUCUCUCCUUCAAGGCCAAGUAGCAAAGGUCAUCCAUACAGUCAUCAACACAGACCUGCCUUAUCCCUUCGGGUGGGUGACAGGAUACACGGCCAUGUUUGUGGGUGCGGGAGUGACAUUUGUGGUCCAGAGUAGCUCUAUCUUUACUUCAGCCAUGACUCCCCUCGUAGGCAUUGGCGUGAUCAGUCUGGAGCGGGCCUACCCUCUCACCCUCGGGUCCAACAUUGGCACCACUGCCACGGCCCUGCUGGCAGCUUUGGCCAGUCCCGGGAACAAGUUAGCAGCUGCUAUACAGAUUGCUCUCUGUCACCUAUUCUUCAACGUCUUCGGCAUUCUGCUGUGGUAUCCUCUUCCCUUCAUGCGUCUGCCGAUAAGGAUGGCUCGUGUCUUGGGCAAUCGCACUGCCAAGUACCGCUGGUUUGCAGUCUUGUACCUUCUCCUUUGCUUCUUACUCCUUCCCUCGCUGGUGCUGGGCCUCUCACUGGCCGGCUGGCAGGUGAUGGCUGGCGUUGGGGCUCCUUUCCUGGGCGUGACCGUCUUCAUCGCCGUGAUAAAUAUGUUGCAGGCCCACAGCCCCCGUCACCUACCUGCCAAUCUCCAGAGUUGGGACUUCCUGCCUCAAUGGAUGCACUCUCUCAAACCGCUUGACCGCCUGAUCACCAAGGCAAUCGUCUGCUGCGAGGAGGGGCAGGGAGAGGAAGAAGAGGAGCAUAUCUCAGCACAGACGACCUCUGUCGACCAGCAGAAAGAGUCCAUCCAGAGGGAGACACAGCUGGCAUAUGACAACCCAGUCCUGGACUACCUGGAUGAGAGCAGACCAGGUGUACGGGUUCUUAAAUUAAAAGGGUUAGAGAGGUGCAACAGCACUCCUCUGUAGUUGGACUAAGCGGGUUUAAGAAAGCCAUUUUAUAAUAUAUUGGAAAUAACCCUGUUUCUAAUUAUUGAUUGACUGAUCAUUUGAAAUAGCUUCCCAAAGCCAGGCUAAGUAUCACAAGCUCAGUAUGAGAUUAUAGAGUAGAAAAGCAUCCCCUGAGAAUCGACUUAGCUCUGCAGCUGGAAGCUGCACAAUGAGUAAUCUAUGUGCAAUGGCUCCCACUUUUACAAUCGGAAUCAGAAACACUUGUAAUGAAGCCCACAGGGAAAAAUGCUCCAGAAGAUGUGCAGACUUUCUCCGUAUUUUACUGUUCACAAAUGAAAAAUGCAGCAGAAGAUUGUCUGAGUCAGACGCGUUCACACAAGCAGGAACAUUUCCAGAACCUUCUGUGGCGUCUGGCUAGAGCAUGCAGGAGUUAGGACAUGAUGAUUACUCCUCUGCGGAAAGCAGUGUUUUUGUUUACAGUCAUCAACACGCACACCCACUUGCUUGCUGUAAAUUUCCCAAAGAUUUUCCAGCUAUAAUCUCAUAUGGGCUUCUUUUAAAAUUUCCAGAAAAGUUAUUACAGGGCUGGCAUCUGCGUCCUAAUAUACAGCCCUUUUGGAAAAUGUAAAAAGACUUAAGUGCAUGUCUGAAAGCGAGAUUGUGAUAUACACAGUAAGUGAAAAAAAAUAAACCAAUGCAAAUGUGCAAAAAGUAACGCGAUUGAAAUCCCUGGAGAUCAUGAAGGAGCACUGGGUUGCAGAGUUUCACAGUAACAAAGUUGAUGAUGCCAAACAGAUGUAAUUUGCCAUUUCUCAAAACGCUCUCCAGGGUCCAUCAAUUGACCAUUCUGGAGCUUUCUGUCAUACCACAUGAUCUUCAUUUGCAGAUGUACAGUAGUUGUGGACUCUUCCAAUUCUAUUGAACACGUUAAGGACUUUUCACCCACCUUUGACUCUCAUCUACAGUACCUAGGCAAUGUCCUUCUGCUGAUGAAGAUCAUAUGAUCAAAAGCUCCAAAAAAGAUACCAAAUAGACAUGGAAGUGUUUUUGUCAACUGUUAUUGUCAAUGUUAAAAAAUGGACUUGAUUGAAAUUCAACACAGCACAUAAAAUGAAUUGAACUGCAUCAAAGCUGCCUGUAGUGCAUUAGGACACACUUGCACACAAUACACAUUGUCACAUUACCAAUGUUUUGUGAGGAAGGAAAUUUAAUGAACAAAUUUAAGCUUCUAGGAUAAACACAAUAAAAUGUUUCAGCGGAUAAUGUAGAAGAAAUUUGAUUUGACAUUUGCAGAACAGCGACCAUUCUCUACAGUUUUGACAUUUUGCAAAGGCACAUGAACAGUUGAUGACCAUGUCCUGUGAAUGUCCAGUCAUAUGUAGGAGGGUGAAAUGUUAAUGAGUUAGUAAAUACAAAAUGAAUCAUCAUUAGCUCAUAGUUUUCCCAGAAUUUAGGAAGUUAAUCACUUUAGUGUUGUCUGUUUUUGUCGAGGGCAGAGCGAGGGAAAAGGACACCAGCUCUGUUGUGAGUCUAUUAAUAAAACAAUCAUUUUAUCAUGUGGA